GGUUUAGGAACCCGUUCCAACUUCCAUACUAGCAUGCCCAGAACGUUCUCAGGUUCUAGACAUGCGAGAAGAAGGUUGGACCAUGGUUGGAAUUGUCUAUUCCUCCCUCCAUGAUUAAUGCAUUAGGCUAGGCCUACAGCUGCACAGCUAGCUGUGCGCACAGGGAGCUGAUGAGUAGGGAGCCGGGGUCUACUGCAGUGCACGCACUGGGCUAGCCCCUACAACUUUCAAGUGAACGUGGCGUUGUAAACAAGCCACGUGCCGGUGUAAUUUUGAAAUAUUGCGGUGCACGCCUCCCGGCCAGUCAUUCUGCAUGUCGGCAUUGAUGCUAAUCACACCGGAGCUGCUUGCAUUAUUUCGGGCUCGACUCCCAUCACGUUGUGAUGAAUCCAGCUACACAUUAACUGCGGUGUUUGUCGCUCGCACGGGUCGCUCGUUUAGUCAGUGCUGCUGAUCGCGGGGCACCAUUGGAAUGGACACAGUACUUGUGAUUGUGUCCUAAUGAGGUGAUGUGCAUCGGUACCUGAUUGAUCAGUGGGGCAAACUUCAAGUUCUCAACCCAGUGCUGAAGACUAAAUUUCUUCACAUUCUGCAACAGCAUGGAGAGGGAAAGCUGGUCACUGCUGAUGCGUCCAAUCAUGUGCAUCUAACACACUAACUGUAUCCAGGCAUCAAUGGGGAACCAGAUUAGCUGACUGAUUCUGCUCCGUCAUCCUUAUCUUUGUGAGGGAGUGGCUUGACGAGACCCCGCAAUGAUGUUGAGACAGACUGAGGAGCUUAGCGGCAGCCUAGAGAGUCUGAACCAGCUGGACAUGCACGAGAAGCUGGAGAAGCACCAGAAGAGGCGGCUGAGCUGUCCGCAGAUCGCCUUCACCUCCACCCUCCUGCCGACCACGCCCACCCGCCAGAAGUCGCUGGUGGAGGACGUGGGCACUCAGAAGUUAGAGGAGGCUGAAGAGGAGAGCGAGGAACCGGAGGAUAAUGUCUUCGCGGAGGCGGUUGAAUCCGUCCUCCAAGAAGGCUACGGCGGUAACGGGGGCUUCCAGGAUGAGGAGGACUGUCGUAAGCACACUGACUUUUUGCUGAGCGUCAUGGAAUCGCAGCAGCGGAAGCGACGCGGCAGCUCCAAGUCGCACUGGGAUGAGAGCGAGGAGGAACAGGAGAAGAUCGACGAAGACGUCGAGAAUGACACGGACAAGAGAAUUCUGUGGGCAGCGGAGAAUAACGAGAUAGAUAUUGUCAAGGAGCUGCUUGCCCAGCAGGCGACGUUAGUCAAUGCCAAAGACGAGGAUGAUUACACGCCGCUGCACCGCGCAGCGUAUAACGGGCACGCGUCCAUGGUGGAACUGCUACUGCAGCAUAAUGCUAACGUCAACGCCAAGACCGAGGACGGCUGGUGCCCGCUUCAUUGUGCUUCCCGGUGGAACAAUGCCUCUGUCCUGUCGAUCCUCCUGCAGAACGGCAGCGACAUCAAUGCUCAGACGAACGGCGGCCAGACUGCGCUACACCUAGCUGCCUCCAACAACGAAGCCAAAGACUGCCUACAACUGCUGCUGAUGAACCGCCAUAUUGAUCCGUCUGUCGUAAAUGCAGCCAAUGAGAUGGCUUACGAUAUCGUGAAGAGAGUUGGGCGACUGUCGUACUUGUUUGAAAUGACAGAGGACAGUAUGAAACCGUCUUGUAGCUGAUGGUUUGCUCUAUCAAUUGAAACCAAACCCAUCUUCAUUGUAUAUAAUGUGAAUUCAAGUGUCUAUAAAACUAAAGAAUGUCUUACAUAUUAAAGAUACUUUAACCUUGACAGUUCAUCAAUUUUCAUUGAGCAAAGUAAGUGAAAUAAAGCAACCUAAUUUUUACUCAUAUUUUAACAAGACUCAGGUUAAAUUUCAGUGCUUUUCAUGAGAAAAAAAUUGAAAACAGCCAAUAGUGACCUUGGUUUUUUGACAUAGCUGCAAUUAUUUUGAAACCUUCGCAUUUACAUGCAGAAAAAUCCUCUCUGUGAAUGUUAUAGAAAUUUUGAAACUUGCAUUGUUGUCACCAAAUGAAUGUUCAGUUAUAUACCAUGGCCAGGUCUGUAACUUGGCCAGACAAUUCUUCUGUCACCAUUAUUUCCAAUGUCGUUCUUCAGAAGAAUGAAAAGAAAAAAAAAAGUGGUACAUCCUCAAUACUUUCUCUUGUUCAACUGCAACUCUGCCUUCUGGGCCAAUUACUCGCAAUGAACCAACUCGGAGGUACAAGUUCUCAUACACGGAGACCUGUACAUGUACUUGUACUCGUACUCGGUAACCUUAGUACUCGGCUGUAUUCGGGACUCAGAAAAAAGUACUCGACUACAACAUUGGGUAUGAUUUCAGGUAAAAUGGGAGUAAGGGGUCAUGAAAGUGUGAACAUUUUUGUAAAUAACCCUAUGAAAAUGUCUCCCUAAUUAGCUAAGUUACUAUUCUUGGUAAUAGGAAUAUAACCCCCCAAAAAUUAAUGUUUCAAGAGUGACAAAUUAAAUCAUAGAAACAGUGCAAAACAGUGUUCCAAAGUCAUUGAGUAUGUCAUGAACUGAUGACUGAUUUCCAAAUGAAAAUG